UCGGCGCGGCGAGGGAGGUAAGUGUUGGCGUGUCCAUGGACGUGAGUAUUACCAUCCAUCACCGCUGAAUUCCUGCGGUGCGGAGUUACCCGUGUCUUGUGAUAGGAAUUAUGUCUAGAAGUAACUGAGUUAUUUAAAUAACUUUGCGCUGAUGAGUGACAACGAAGAGAGCGAAGAGGCUGCAUGUGAGAUGGGUAGCGAGGACAUAGAGGAGCCGGAGAGACCCCUGGUGUGGACGUCUGGUUGGGACGACGAGAGCAACGACGUGGAGGCCGACCCUGACCCCCAUGCAACACCUGAACGUGAAAUCCUGUGGGCGUGUGAGAAUGGGAAACAGAGUCUUGUUGAGGAAAUCUUGCAGCAACAUCCAGAAGCAAUAAGUGCAACAGACUCUGAUGGAUACACUCCCCUCCAUCGGGCAGCGUACAGUGAUUUCCCUGAUAUAAUUAAGCUACUUCUGAGUGCUGGUGCAUCAGUAAAUGCAAAGACUGUGGAUGGAUGGAGCGCUCUGCACUCAGCUUGUCGUUGGAAUCACUUUGACUGUGUUGUGAUUUUGAUUGAUGGGGGAAGUGAUGUAAAUGGUGUUACCAACAGUGGGCAGACACCUCUCCAUGUUGCUGCCAUUAACCCUCAGGCACACCAGACGCUGCAGCUGCUGUUGAUGAACUGCAUGGUGAAGCCUCUCCUCACCAACAGUAACGGAGAGACGGCUAAAGACCUGGCAAUGAGGAGCGGGCCUCACGGAUACUUGUUCGAAGUCACUGACCCGGUGUUGAACGUUUGUGAAGACCACGAGUGAAGAAGCAGUUCCUGGGUGUUGAUCUUAUGUUUGGAACUUUUACCUGGAAAAUUAUUUACAGAGUAAAAUGUUACACAUCG